AUGGCUGGUUACAAGUUUAACCCCAACGUACAACCGAAUUACUACGAAUGUAGUGUAGUGGCCGCUUAUAAAAGCAGUCACUCUCCAUACAAUCGCACUACAGUCCCUCACCGUUGCUAUCUCAAGAUGCAUUCCUCCAUAUUGCUACCGCUAGCCGUAGUGGCAUGCCUGGCACUGCCAACGUUCGCUCACGUUUGCACCCCGACUGGAAACGAGGAAGUGCAAGCCAACGGAAGGCCAACGUACACCGGCCAAUUCCCCCAUCAUGCACUGCUAAUGGUACAGUUCGGUGAGCAGCAGGAAACACGUUACUGCAGUGGCGCUCUCGUCGACGACCGGCACGUCGUAACGGUGGCCCAGUGUGUCCAGGGUAGCACCGAAAUCGAGGUACAUCUCGGAGCACACUGUCUGCUGCAGGGAGAAGAUAAGUUCCGGCACGUUUUUACCGCCCUACACUACACCGUCCGCGAUGGUUACGAUCCGGAAACGUUCGUCAACGAUGUGGCCGUGGUGCGGUUCAGUGAGGAAUCGGUCCGACUGCCACCGUGGGUGUAUCCUGCACGGCUUCCCGAACCGGACGAGCAGUACGUUGGCCAAGAGGUGCUCUCGAGUGGAUUCGGUUUGCUCAACUACCAAACGAGCUCGGCCGCGGAUGCGCUCCAGUACGUACGGUUGGUCGUGCUCGAUGCGGAAAGCUGCCAGCAGGAGUUCAACUUUGUCACACCGAAUACCGGUCGGUUCUGUGCACAGGAUCGUGAUCAAGAACCGAACUGUGUUAGCGAUGUCGGUAGUCCGCUGGUACUGAAGGAGGGUCGUCUGCAGCAUUACGUGCUGCUUGGACUGUCCAGUUUCGGACAGAAGUUUGCCUGCAAUUCGGGUAACCCGGGUGCUCUACAGGAAGUGCGUGAGCAUAGCGACUGGAUCCGGGAGGUGCUCUCGAGCUCGACCGUUUAACCCCGAGAGAGUGUGAAAAGCGUAAAUAAAGGAAAAAAAGAA